CCGAAGGACGCUUCCUGUUAACAAAUUAGCAAGGAUUCGUCUGCACGGAAGCAUAAUUUGGUUCAUAAAAUGGCAAUUUAGGGAAUUUCGGCUCUUUUGUAUGCAUUGAAAUGAAGAUUUUCUGAUUACGUAUGUUCAUUUAAGUUAAAAAACAAAACGUGUGUCUUUCAUUGCUGCCUUUCUGGAAAUUCUUGGAAAAGAUUGUAAACUGGUUGGUGUUUGUUUUGAUUGUCUGCCUAAAACAUAGACAACCCUGAUUUUACCAGAACAGUUAAAUAUGGACAAGGCUGCAAGAGCUGUGAGAAGGAGUAGUGUUAAGUUGCUUUCCCUGAAUGGAGGUCAUGCUGACCUUAACGUGCUUAUAUCAGAGGUGAAGGACAUGAGGAACACGGCCAAAGCGUUCAUGAAUGCCCAGUCAGCAGCUUCACAAGAUCUCCUUAAGUGGGCUGCACAUGAAGACAAUCGUGCUAUACAGGAUGUGGCCAACCAGCUGGCUGAACUGAAUCUUGUAUGGACUGAAGUGCAACGAGAAUUUAUUGAGCACAUCAAAGAGUACAAACAUAUGUAUGAGAUGAUCCUGGAGGGGGAGAAGCAUGUCGCCCACGCCAAAACCAACUUUGCUUCCUGUGAGCAGCGUGAAGUGAAGAUCAGAAAGGAGCUAAAGAAAGCCUUCAAGAAAGCAACAUCGGCUGAGCUCCAGAGUUUGGAAGGAAGAUUAUCACAAGCUGAAAGAGCCAAGGACUUAGCUCAGGUUGAAGUUGCUGAUAGAGUGCAUGAAAACGAAGCAGUCAAGCUGAUCAGAAUCAAGGAGGGACUGUUGAAAGUGUCCGAAGCUUAUUGUGAUUUUUCCAAAAAAUGUUCUGUGAUAUUCGAUGCCCAAUCUCAAAUAGCCCAUCAACUACCAGAUGUACAUGGCCAGGACCUGGGAGACAUAAAAUACACAGGGUCUGGGACUACCAAGUUCUACGUACAGGAAGCCAAGGAGAAGAUUCGCCAGUAUCGGCGCCAGUCACACAACUUCCAUUCACCUCAACAGCAGAAUUAUGCAGAUCCCCCUCCACCUUACUCACCUAACGACCUGAUUGAGAGUGAGCAUAGUCCGUACAGUCCCUCCCGCACAUCGGAGGAAGGGGUAUCACCACGGCGACGCUCCAACCUGUCCUGGCAGGGUCGACAGGACACAAUGGAGGAGGAAGUCGGUGUCGACAGCGACUACGAGGCCGAUCUAACAGGAGCAAUGGGCGGGGCACAAAUAUAAGACAUUUCUGCAAGAUCAGUGGUACAAUGAAACUCUGUUAAUCCUACAUCCAGGAGGUCCACCUACCACAAGAUUUGUUUUAACAUCAAAUAUACACUAAUGUCACUCCGCAGAAUUAUCUGGGUGGAUAACCUAGUGGUUGAAUUGUUCACCUUCAAUUGCAUGGCCGAAAUUCUGGGUUUGAUUCCCAACAUGGGCAUAUUGUGUGAAGCCCAUUUCUGGUGUCCACCACCAUGAUAUUGCUGGAAUAAUGCUUAAAUUGUCGUAAAUACUCACUGCAACAAUGGUUCAAUUGUCUAUAAAUCUGACAAUCUGGACAAGCCACUGGAAUGAUUACUGUUACAGGGUCUCACUGUAUUAGAUUUGAUGCAGAAAGAUACACAUACAUUUUAGUGCUAUUUUUGCACCUGUGCAUGUAUCAAGUGUAUUCAAGAUACGGUAGAGGACCUACCUUUAAGAGAUGCAGGUGCCCUGGCUUGUGGUUGUUUAAAAUGCAAAAUGAUCAAAUCCCCCAAUUGCGGAGGAGGUGUUAUGCUUGAUAUUAUCUUCAGUUCAGUUCAACCCACUUAAGAUACAAUCACAAGCUCUAAUCAGUGGUUUACAACACUUCUGAACGUGUGAAUGAUAUGCAUCAUGUUCACCAUGUGAAUGCCAGGAAGAUUACCUGAUGUCAUUUUGACUUCAUUGUUCACUUUUACAAAUUAUUUUACAUUGAUAUGUACAUUUCUGCCACCAUAUUUCUUUGUAGAUUCAUCACAGUGAAAGCACGGCUUGAUUUAAAAUUUAUUAAACAGAUUUAACUGUGGAAAAUCAGUACUUCAUUAUGAAGUAUUUAUUAUUAUGCUUAUGGGGCUGUGGGGUAGCCUAGUGGUUGUAGCGUUCACUCAUCACCUGAUAGCAGAGGUUCAGUUCCCUAAGUGGGCACAGUGUGUGAAGCCCAUUUGUGAAAUCUAAUGUCAAUGAUACUAAAUGGAAGAUGUCAAGAAGUGUGAAAACUACUCUCCCACUGGUAUGUUGUUGAUGAUUAGAAAAUAGUGCUACAUUUAGUUUAAUUGCGCAUAAAACGAUGUGUACCCAAAACAUUCGAUUCUCAAUUUCAGUUGUAUUUGUAUUGGCAGUGUGUAAUAUGUACAUUGAAUUGUUCCUAUUUAGAAACAUAUUUGCUAAACAUUUAACUAGACAUUAUAUAUUGAAGUAUUUGCUUGGUAUUUUUCAACAUGAUCAUGCCAUUUUUUCUCAUAUUCUACUCCAUACACUUCAAGAUGUGAUAUAUAUUUGAAUGACCCACAGACGUGAUACAGACUGGAUAAAUAGAAUCACAUACUUAUGAUAUAUACAUACAGUGUGCCACUUCUUUUAUUGCUAAUUAUUAGUUGUCAGGAGGACAUGGUCAAGCCCUUACAAACAUGUAAAUAUUGUUACCAGCGGGUCAUCAAAUCGUUGAUGUAAAUAUCGAUGGUAUAGAUCUGAUAUGAGGAAAGAUCUUCAGGAAAUCAGCAUUGCAGGAAGAGCCAGAUGUUCUGGUUGCCAUGGUUACAUGGUUUACAUUUUUGAUGAAACUUGUUAUUGUUGUUAAACUGAGCUGUGCUCAGCAACCUUGUAUACAAGGCUUUGAAUGUAUAACAGUGUUGUCAGUUCCAGUGUAAUAAUGAGUAUGGUGAUUUCAACAUUAACACAUUGUACAGUCUGUGCCAAAAGCUGUUAACUCUUUCAGCCCUGAACAUGUAUGUUGGCAUUAAUUUCAGUAGAUUUAAGUCUUACAGUAUAGUCUAGUACAAGCUGAUUCUGCUAGAUAUGACAUGGGUUGCGGACUAGUAGCUUCUGUACCAGACUGUGUAUGUAUAUGUAACAGAGUGUAACAAUGUCUAUAUUUGAUCCUAGUAGUCCAGAUGUGUCAAAUGGUCAAUACUGAUAAUAAUAAUAAUAAUAAUAAUAAUAAUAAUCCUUUAUUGGUCCAUUUAUAUUGUGCUAAACCCACACCGACAGUAUGAUCAUAGCACAGACAGUUCAUUAUUACCCCAGAUAACCAUAGCUGCCUGACAGGUACUUGAAAGGUAUAGUCAUUCCACUGGAUGGUUAGGUUCGAUCAGUGACUUAUCCCACCCGGGUACCCAUUUUCUGCUGGGUGAACAAGAGGCAAUUUGGAUCAUACUCACUUGCCUAAGUUGAGACCACAUGUAUCACAUGUGCUUCGUUGUGGGGCAAGACUGAAGUCUUAGAAACUCGGGAGUCAAGCUGCCAAACAUGGUCACCUAUCCAAGGACUCUCCACGCCAAACACUGCUUAACUUUGCACGCCCAACACUGCUUAACUUCAACUGAUUUGUGACCUGGGCUCUGCACAGGACACACAGAACAGGUAUAUAUCUUCAAGUACAGGUACAUCUAAACAGGACUUUGUUUUACCAUUGAGCGACAGCUGAUUAAUAACUGUCGCCAUUUUCUGUAAGUGAGUGAGUGAGUUUAGUUUUACGUCGACAGUGGUCUGUUAAUAAUUUAGUCUGGACCAGACAAUCCUGUGAUCAACAGCACGAGCAUAGAUCUACGCAAUUGGGAUAUGAUGGCAUGUGUCAACCAAGUCAGUGUGCCUGACCACCCGAUCCCAUUAGUCGCCUGUUAAGACAAGCAUGGGUUACAGAAGAUCAAUUCUAACCCAGAUCUUCAUGGGUCCCAUAUUCUGUAACAAUAUAUAAGCCAUGUUUUAGGGGACAUAUGGUUAUGAGGUGUGAUUAAUUUGGUUGACGAUGUUUCACAAUUUGAUUAAAUAAACCCUACUCAUAUCUUAGUUUUUCUUGUAUAAUGUUUUGUUUAUAUGUUUUGUGAGGAAUUGAUUUGUGGUUAAAUUUUUCAUUCAGUAAUUUUAAGCAUCAAACACUUCACAAGACUGGCUCGUCCUUCUGUCAGAUAUGUACAAGAUCGACAGGGAUGAAACCCUACACUCGGUUGUGGCCAAAACCUAUGAGUCAUGAAGGCUGUCCAUAUUUUUUCUGUGUUUCUCAUUUCCCGCCGAUUCUGAAUUUCAUCCCUGCGUGAAAUGAUAAUAAGUGUUAUUUAUCUAUUUUUUCCCCUGCCAAUGGGAAAAUUAAUGUCAUGUGAUAAAUAAAAUUACUCCCCUAUAUAAACAAUCAUGUCAGCUUGAUCUUCAUCUAUUAUUAAAUAAUUGUGUACAAAGGAAAGCAACUUGGUCGACUUCAUAUAUAAAUAUAUAGACUAUUACCAAUUGAUCUAAAUUGGGUUGGGUUGGUACCUCACUCAGCAAUAUCCCAGACAAUCAGCUGAUCAACAGCAUGAGCAUCGAUCUAUGCAAUUGGGAUACGAUGACAUGUCAGCAGGUAUUUCAGAUGUGGAUAAUUCAAAUAUAUGGUGUAGAUGUAUUCUGGUUUGAUGCUGCUAUAGCAAAGGAAAAUGAAAGCUAUAGAUGAGCGUGCAGAUAAUUAAUAUUAUUUGAUGUAACGUUUUCCACCAUACUCUCUGGUGGUCCCGUCGUCACAGUGUGACAUUAAAACAUAUUGACUUCUAAGUCAGGUCAUAACUGAAGGUUUUCCAUAUCACCUGAGCCAACCAUAUAAUGCCUCAUGCAGUAAGCUGGCUAGCUAUUCUCAAAACGUCUGUAGCCCUACGAACUUCUUAAGCCCAUUCUUAACACAUUGGCUAUGAUCAAAGUUAAGAAUUCUUAGGGCUAUGAAUGUUUCGAGAAUAAGGGCCCCCGGUCUGUAACAAAUGGGUGGUGGGGUGGCCUAGUAGUUAAAUGGUCCACUCAUCACGCCAAAGGCUCGGGUUCAAACUCGCUCACUUACUUGGAAAUGUUAUAAUGUAUCUCUCUGAACAUCAUUAUCCUUCAAAGUACAUUUACUAUGUGUGUUGCAUGUCAUUGGUCUUCAAUUAGUAGUUGUGAUUGAAAGCAGUCAGUUUGAACUUGAAUGCCCGUGCAAGCAGCAUGAGGAGGUCCUGGAGGGAGGCAUGUGUAGUAGAUGCUGCUUCAGUCUGUCUUGACCCAACCGUAGAGGUAGCUAGUGGAGCAUCUGUUUGUCUAUUUUGUACAGUAACAGUUAAAUUAAAGGAAACCUCAGGUUUGGCAACAAU